AGUUAACUAAAGAGCUUGAAUGUGCAAAUGAUGGAGAUUUUACUUUCUUCUUUAUUAGAACCUUUUUUUACCUUCAGCGAUUUCUCUUGUUGUUCCAAUGGCUCUCAUGUCAUUGACCAGUGAGGUAAAUGGAAUGGGGCUAAAUACCCCUCCUACACCAUUAUUAGCUUAUGAUGAUCAUAUUGCUCCAAGAGGAAAACUUGUAUUUGGAGUUGGUUUCGGAGCUUUGCUUUUUGUCCCACUAUUUAAGUCAUUAACCGGAUUGCCUCCUUACAUGGGUAUCUUGUUGGGUCUUGGAGUCAUUUGGAUUUUGACAGAUGUCAUCCAUUAUGAUGACUUAGAGAGACAAAACCUAAAACUUCCACAUGCUUUGUCUCGGAUUGAUUCACAAGGAGCUUUGUUUUUCCUUGGGAUUUUGUUAGCUAUGAGCAGUCUUGAUGCGGCUGGGAUUCUCAAAGUGAUUGCGAACUAUCUUGAUGCUCAUAUAGCCAAUGUUGAACUGAUAGCAAGUAUUAUUGGUGUUGUAUCAGCCAUCAUAGAUAAUGUCCCAUUGGUUGCGGCAACAAUGGGGAUGUAUGAUCUCUCAAGAUUCCCUCAAGAUUCUGAGUUUUGGCAACUCAUUUCAUUUUGCGCUGGAACAGGCGGUUCCAUGCUUAUUACUGGAUCUGCUGCUGGAGUAGCCUUCAUGAGUAUGGAGAAAGUCAAUUUCUUUUGGUAUUUUCGUAAGGUGAGUGGUUUUGCUUUUGCCGGUUUUACUGCUGGUAUAGUGACUUACCUCGCGGUUCACAAUCUCCCUCUUUAACUUAUAACAACCAUAGUUUAUAUCCCUUUGCUCACUUAUUCAUAGGCUACAUGCACAAACAUCAAGAGGUGUACUAAAGUAGUAAUUAUGUAUGAACUGUGUAGUGAUCCAGCAACCUUGAUACCUGAUUUUUUUUUUGUCACUUCUCCAUUUUGAAAGAAAAUUUUCUAAACUUA